UGUUCUUGCCAUGCCGGGACAGUGUGGGAGGAUACAGAAACCAGUAAAGUCAGUGACUCGUGUUGCUCGCCGAUGGACAACUUUUGAUUGAAGAAACGAACGAACGGGGCCCCAUGAUAGGGACCUGAGCCGUUGGAGAAAAUUCGCCCAUUCUGAUGUCCGUCAAGACCGUAACGCUUCUUUCCCUCGAGCUUGUGCCUGUUCAUGGAAUGUUGCCUGCCCUCCUUCAGCUUCGCCUUCACCUUCAGCGACAGCUGAAUGGACCGAGAAGCACAAAUCCACCGCAGCAGCUUCCAGAUCUUUCUUUUCUUGAGGGACCGGUUGAAUCACCCCGUACCGUCUUGUUGGCCAUCAAUUAUGAUGGCACUCGGCCACUGCAGCAGCCGCUUUCGACUUCUGGUAUAUGUGAGCCGGUGUCAGUCUCAUGUUGCACGUCCCUCAGUUAUAAAAUUCGGAACCGAGACUGUGGCUUUUAAGAAACAUUUGGUAUGGACGUCAUUUCGGCUUUCCUCUGGAUAUUAUGCGUCGUUGGCACCUCUGCAGGCUCGAUGUCAGCUACAGAAGAUGACUAUCCAGUGAACAAGCAUGACGAUCCACAAGAUCGAUUCGACUACAGUCUAGGUCCCUAUGGUCCUGACAAUUGGGGUCGUUUGCGAUCGGACUGGCAUCUUUGCAAGGAUGGUCUCAAUCAAUCUCCAAUGGUUAUGGAGCCAAAUAUGAUGAUCCUCGACCCCGACAUGGGGCCACUCAGGGCUGUCUACAAAACUGCCAACGCCACCAUCGUGAAUGUGGGCCGAUCUGUUCAGGUGUGGUGGCCUGGAGCGGGCAAUUUAGUGAUCGGUAAUGUUACGUACUACAUCAAGGAUAUCGACUUCCACACGCCGAGUGAGCACACUCUGGGUUUAUUCAACGAAAGGUUUCCGCUGGAGAUGCACAUGGUGCAUCGUACAAGAAACCGGGAGAAAGUUGCAGUCAUAGCUAUCCUGUUCAAUUUUGGCGACGAAGAUCGGUUCCUUGCUCAGUUUUUUGAUCGGCUUCCACCAUUGUCAGCGAAAGGUCAGAUGUUCCCCCUCGGAGAAUUGAGUCCCCGCUACUUGACUGUUCCGCUGGGUCAACAUUACGGGCGCUACUAUGGUUCCGAGACUCAUCCACCAUGCAACGAAGACAUUCUUUGGACUAUUGUUCACGUGGAGGGGCACACUAUAUCGAUGCAGCAGCUCGUGAAACUGAAGAUGGUGCUGGAGAGUGAUAAUGCACGACCAUUGCAGAGAGGCAAUGGCCGAAAGUACCACUUUCUAUGAAGUGAACUGCUGGAAUUUUACAACCCACAAGACUGUUAGAGAACUGAACCACAGCGCACACCGAAUGGGUAGUAGAAGUAGUAGUAGCAGUAGUCUUUAGUACUGAGGCCUCAGUUGGUACGAGAAGUUGUGGUUAGAUGACUUAGAAGGAUGGUGGGCCAAGAAUCGAAAGCCGUCAACCUCACUAGUUGGCAGAUCCACCAGCUGCCUGGAUAUGGUAGAUUUUUGGCUCUGAUUGUAGGUUUGCUGGUUCGUUUAGAGCAUAAAGGUUUUGUUAGCAGUAUAAUCUUAUUCAAUUCGAUGGACGAGAGCUCCGAUCUUUUAAAGCUGCAGAAUCAGCGUGUUUGAAUCCGCUUCUCAUACUCCUUAGCUGCGCAUCGUAUGUCCUCGUACACUCUUGAAAGCACGCCUCUAUUACAUGCAUUCGGUCUGCCACAAAUAACGAUCAAUCUUUAUAUUUCUCACUUCAAACACAUUACGGUUGGCUUUCUAGCUAUUUCACGGUUUGGUAGCAUCCUCCUCAUGCAGUUCUAUGAAUCGGUGAUUUCAGCAAAUAACACUAUACAGCGCUAGUCAUUAUACAGCG